AUGGCUGACGGGUUGCUGGCCGGUGGUGGGUUGGGGUCGGAGGCGAUGGCGCGGGACCACGAGCGCACCGGCUGGGCUGUGGAAGAGGAGCUGGCGCCCUUCGGGAAAGGUUUGUUUGAAGAUGAAGAUUCAUACAGUGAUUGUAGCAAUCAUGAUAAACCAGGUACUAGUUUACAAAGUUUUGUGCCAGAAGGAAAAACUAACUUCCCAGAAAUGUUCCAGACAAGUCACCUUUUGUUCUAUGAGCGAUUCAGAGCAUAUCAAGAUUACAUUUUAGCUGACUGUAAGGCCUCUGAGGUAAAAGAAUUCACAGCUGAGUUCUUAGAGAAGGUCCUUGAACCAUCUGGAUGGCGGGCAGUCUGGCACACUAAUGUGUUCAAGGUGCUGGUUGAGGUCACAGAUGUGGACUAUGCAGCCUUGAAGGCAGUAGUGAGGCUUGCUGACCCAUACCUCUGUGAAUCUCAAGUCAGCACUUUUACUUUGGAGUGUAUGAAAGAGCUCCUUGAUCUGAAGGAACACCAGUUGCCCCUGCAGGAGCUGUGGGUGGUAUUUGAUGAUUCUGGAGUGUUUGACCAGACAGCACUUGCAAUUGAGCAUAUCAGGUUUUUCUAUCAGAACAUUUGGAGGAGUUGGGAUGAAGAAGAAGAGGAUGAGUAUGAUUAUUUUGUUAGAUGUGUUGAACCUCGAUUGAGAUUGCAUUAUGACGUUCUUGAAGACCGAGUUCCUUCAGGACUUACUGUUGACUAUCAAAACCUGUUGACUCAAUGUGAGGAGAGUUACAGGAAAUUUUUAAAUCUGAGAAGCAGUUUGUCAAAUUGUAACUCUGAUUCUGAGCAGGAAAACAUCUCCAUGGUGGAAGGGUUAAAAUUGUAUUCAGAGAUUGAACAGUUGAAACAAAAGCUAAAACUCAUUGAGAACCCUUUGUUGAGAUACGUGUUUGGUUAUCAGAAGAAUUCUAAUAUACAAGCAAAAGGCAUCCGUCCAAAUGGCCAGAAGGUCACCCAUGUGGUCUCCUCCACUAUGACGACUGGUCUGCUGCAGUCCCUGCUCAGGGAUAAGCUUUGUCCAGAGCCUUGUAAGGAAGAAAUAGAAAUUCAGUUCCAUAGUGAUCCGUUGUCUGCUAUAAAUACCUGCUAUGAGGGCGACACUGUUAUUGUUUGUCCUGGCCAUUACGUGGUACAUGGUACAUUCUCCAUUGCUGACUCCAUUGAGUUAGAAGGAUAUGGUCUAACAGAUGAUAUUGUGAUAGAAAAGAGAGGCAAAGGAGACACUUUUGUGGAUUGUACGGGUGCGGAUAUUAAAAUUUCAAGCAUAAAAUUUGUUCAGCAUGGUGCCGUGGAAGGAAUCUUAAUUAUUCACCGUGGCAAGACUACAUUGGAAAACUGUGUAUUGCAGUGUGAAACUACAGGAGUCACAGUACGAACAUCAGCAGAAUUUUUAAUGAAGAACUCAGAUUUAUAUGGUGCCAAGGGUGCAGGUAUAGAAAUAUAUCCUGGCAGUAAGUGCACCCUGAGUGACAAUGGGAUCCAUCACUGCAAGGAAGGGAUCCUCAUUAAGGACUUCUUAGAUGAACAUUAUGACAUUCCCAAAAUAUCCAUGGUGAAUAAUGUCAUACACAAUAAUGAAGGUUAUGGUGUUGUCUUGGUGAAACCUACAAUUUUCUCUGACCUGCAAGAAAAUGCCCAAGAUGAAACUGAAGAAAAUAAAGCACUUAAAGUUCAGACAAGUGGAGAGGCAGAUGUAGCUGAAAGAGUGGAUCUAGAAGAGCUGAUUGAAUGUGCAACUGGUAAAAUGGAGCUUUAUGCGAGAGCUGACCUUUCUGAGCAAGUCGAAGGCAAUUGUGAAAUUGUAAAUGAACUAGUUGCUGCCUCCACACAAAAAGGCCAGUUGAAGAAGAAAAGGUUGAGUGAACUGGGGAUCACACUUGCUGAUGACAACUUAAUGUCACAGGAGAUGUUUGUUUCAAUUGUGGGGAACCAGUUCAAGUGGAAUGGGAAAGGGAGUUUCGGCACAUUUCUCUUCUGACCACUGUGAUGUAAAUAGCAAAAUAUUGGAUUUUGCACAUGCUGCCCCCAAGAAUCACUGCU